GAACCAUCUGAGCUCAGUUGAACUCGGUACGUCGAAGGCGCGUGUCUGGUACCGUCGGAGGAAGAGGAACAGACAAGAAGAGAGAGAGAAAGAGAGAAGGAGCAAGAGUGCGCGUGCGUUGUCAAUCUUAUUUACAUGGUAUCUGUGUGACAGAAACUAGCGAGAGCAUAUUUCUGCACGCGACUAUUUACCCCCUCGACGAUUACGGGAGGCGGUUGUAAUAGUUGUACCGUGGUAACAGUAGGAGAGAAGAAACGAGAAGAGAAACAGUGUCGUGAUCAUCGAUCACCAUCACUAGUCAUUCACUCUUGACAGACAUCAUGAGGAACAUUGUGCAGGUCGCAGCUCUUUUUACCCUUCUCCUCAUCUCCCGCGGUGGAUGCAGGGCGGAAAUAGGAGAUGAGUCGUAUUACGACGACGACGAGGAGGUGGUAAAUGAACCAAGCUCGGAAACAAACUCUAAACCUGCGGAAAUCCUGACAAAACCUUUAACACUGGUAGUGCAUGUAGGCGACAAAGUAAUCCUGCCUUGCAACGUGUCAAACUCAGAAAGCACCUUGAUCGCAUGGUACAAGGGUGACAAAGUCAUCUACUUUGGUACUAUUCCAUACACGAAAGAACCUAAUCGAAUCAAACUAAAAGAAGACAACAGUUUGGUCAUAAACUACUUUGACCAGAGCGACGAGUCCAACCAGUACAAAUGCAGCAUCACCAGCAAAAACCAGACAGUAACUCACUCGGUUCGCAUCUACGUCCCACCGACUGUCCAUAUUCCUACCGGAGAAUUGAUCGUUAGGCCUGGUGAAAACAUCGCACUUAAGCGGCCGAACCUAGACGUCACCCUAUCUUGUAUUGCCAACUGGGAACCGAAGCCAGAAGAGAUCAUAUGGUCCUACAAGGGUCACACCAUAUUCAGCGACAAGUUACCGGAGGGUGGAAUUAGUAACUAUACCGUCCGCAAUGUUACCCUGGAAAACAUGGGGUAUUACCAGUGCCUUGCGGGAAACAAGGUGAAAAUGAUCUGGGUCCUGCUUAACCAUGCUCCGAGGAUCGAGGUUGAUCACAAACGAGUUCAUACGGCGAUAGGGCCGGAAUCGGAGUUGAAGUGCGUCGUCUACAGCCAUCCCGAGGCUGAGGUCGUCUGGUUGAAAAAUGGGGUGGAAGUCGGGAAGAAUAAGAAUAAGGUCGUGCCGAUAAACCCUCUGCAAACUAACUACACCCUCACGUUCAGCCGCACUACCCAGGACGAUUUGGGAAAUUACACGUGCCAUGCAAAAAACAAGAUGGGAAGCGCGAAUGCGAUCAUCGAACUUACAGGUGCCCCCACAGAGGCUAUGUUCGACGGUAUCAGAUAUGAUGAUGCUACUCCGAUCCUUAAGUGGGUCGUCAAUAGCCACGCUCCGAUCUUGGACUACAAGCUCAAUUAUCGUCGGCAAGGUAACGAUACGUGGAUAACCGUUACGCCAAAGGUCACCGACGAAACUGCGAGCACUCGAUAUACCCUCGAGUACCGCUUGGAAGGUCUUGAUGAAGGUUCUUACGAAACUGUACUCUACGCUCAGAACCAGUACGGAUGGUCGCCCAGCAAUUCAAGAAUUUACAAAUUUAAAGGAUACUCAUCAACAACGUCAAGUGGAGAAACAGCAAGUGUCCAGUUCCUUAUGUUUUCGAGAUUGUUAAUCUUAGCUGCUUCACUCCACAUCUAUACCACGUAUCUUUAACCUUCUCGGUGUAUCGAACUACGUAGGUAAAUUGCUACAGCCAAAGCGUAUACACCGGCUGCUAUCGUCGCCUGGUGAAUAUAUGUAUAGUAUAUAAGCGUAUGUACCGCACAGCCUCUCAGAAGACAACGGUGGUCACCGUAGGUGUUUUCUUGGCUAUUAUACGUAUACAUAUACAUACAAGUAAUUUUUAUACUCGCUCUUCCUUCGUUCCAAAUCUUUUCGUUUAAAUAUUCAUAUAUAUUUAUAUAUAUAUAUAUAUAUAUAUAUAUACAUACAUCUCUAUCAUAAUGCAAAAUA